ACCUCACACGUCAACUUUUUUUGUUCACAGGUUCAAGGGCUUUGUGAAGAUAAACACUCCACUCAUAACCUAAUUCCUGCUGAACUUAUUCGUGAGUUCCUGCAUUGCCAACGAGGUGCAUUUGGUUUGGGGUCAAGUCUAAAAAGUUCCGUGACGUUUUACAAAGACCACACCCCCUACUGAGCUGAACCGCCUAUCAACGUGACCUAUAUCCAGCGUUGUCAUGGAUACGGUCCACCCAAGUGUCCUCCCCGAAGUGACAGGGGUCGGGGUUCAACGAGAUCUGGGUGCAAGAAGGGAGAUAAACGAGAAUGCUAUCGACACUGAUGCGGCACAGCACAGAAGCGAGGCCUCCUACAUCGGGCUGCGUCUGCCCAAACGACCGCGCCGACCUAGACCGCACAAAUCUCGACGUCAUCAUGGAGACAAAGAGAAAAACUCAUCGUCUGCGAAUAAUCAACCUAUCACAGAACACUUUGCUCCAGACAGCCUUACGCCAAGCGAGCAGAUCCAAACUCUCUUGAGUGAGUGUGAGGAAUCAGGCCACGGCUCGCACGAUGUCUUCUGUGAGAUGGAUGUCCUCUACAAGCACGGGGAGCACUACCAGUGGCGGGAAACGGCCAGACCUACUUUUAGACAACUUGGUUAGCCAGAAACAACUGGAGGAAUCGGUGAGAGACCAGGUCCGGUCGGCCAUCAUCGCCCAUCACUGGUUCCAACAUCAGAAACAGCGGCGCAAGAUCUCGACCCCAGACGGGGACGCGGCGCCGGCCAUGUUCAGGAAGCUGAGCAUGAAGAGAACCUUCUCGGAGAUCGGGCGAACCUUCUCUAUGAAGGGCAGAACUGACGGACCAAUGUCACAUGGCUCGUCCUCUAAAAUAAAGGGCAACCCAAACAGUCAGCCCAAUCUGGAGAAUUUGAUCAACGGAGAUCUGCCAGAUUCACCUUCCUCUUGCAGGCUGAAUGAACAGUUUAUGAGGAAAAUUCCCCAUGGCUCUGAGGCUGCCAACAUGUUGGUCGGGGAGCUGGACUGUCUCAGCUAUCAAGUCGUUGCCUUUAUCCGGUUAUGUGAAGGCAGGAACAUAGGGGACAUAACUGAAGUCCCCAUACCGACAAGGUUUUUGUUCCUUUUGCUUGGCCCCCCUGGCAGCCAGCAGAAAAAUGUGGAGAUUGGUCGUUCCAUGUCUACCAUCAUGGUUGAUGAGGUAUUCAGGGAAGUCGCCUAUAAGGCUCGCAAUCGUCAGGACAUCCUGGCUGGUGUAGAUGAGUUUCUGGACCAGGUCACGGCACUGCCCCCUGGUGAAUGGGACCCCAAGAUCAGAAUUGAGCCACCUCAGAGUGUUCCUUCUCAGGAGCAGCGAAAAGUUCCCAAGCCCACACACCCAGAUGGUCAUGCGGCUGAGGACGAAGAGGAGGAGGAGACCCAUUGUGAUCCUACUCUGCAGAGAAGUGGGAGGUUGUUUGGUGGUCUCAUCGCUGAUAUCAAGAGAAAACUGCCUUGGUAUGCCAGUGAUUUCAAGGACUGCUUGCACAUCCAGUGUUUGGCCUCUACAAUCUUCUUGUAUCUGGCCACCCUUACCCCUAAUGUGACUUUUGGUGGCCUGCUAGGGCAGGCUACUGACCAGUACAUGGGUACCAUGGAGUGUAUUCUGACGGCUUCCAUUUGUGGUGUCCUGUUUGCCUUGUUUUCUGGGCAGCCAUUGAACAUCUUGGGUAGCACAGGCCCUAUGUUGGUGUUGGAGAUGAUCCUAUACAAUUUUUGCAAGGACUCAGAACUAGACUUCUUACCAUUCCGAGCGUGGAUAGGUUUAUGGACGGCUUUCUUCCUGUUACUUGUGGUGGCUUUUGACCUGUCUGCCCUGGUGCGUUACAUCACUCGGUUCACAGAGGAAAGCUUUGCCUGCCUCAUCGCUGUUAUCUUCAUUGCUGAAGCCUUCAAGAAGCUGAUAGGCAUUCUGAACGAAGCCCCUAUUAACACCAACCCAGACGUGGUGCUGAACUACACCUGUGAGUGCUUAGCCCCUAACACAAGUGACCUCAACGCCAACAUGACCUUGUUUAAACUCAACGAGAAUGCAACAGACUUCAAGGACACAAUCUACAGCUACAUCUUAGGCUUUAACAUCAGCGACGCCAACCAAACAGCAACAUUCCAGUCUAUUGACCUGGACAGCCUAAACGCCUCAGCGAUCAACUGGACAGCGGUCAACAUCACCAAGUGUGCAGACCUUGGAGGUGUUCCCAUCACUGUAGGAUGCGACACACCAAUUUAUGUACCGGAUGCUUUCUUCCUGUCAGUAUUGCUCUUUUUGGGAACAUUCACCAUUGCUUCAACGUUGACCAAUGCUAAGACCAGUGCAUUCUUCCCCACUUUUGUUCGUCAGACGAUGAGUGACUUUGCUGUUCUGAUUGCUAUUAUUAGUAUGGUUGUAGUAGACAUUUUGAUUGGAGUCAACACUCCUAAGCUGGAAGUGCCCACAAAGUUCAAGCCCACAUCUGAUGAAAGAGGAUGGUUCAUCAACCCAAUCAGCGACAAAAACCCAUUCUGGCUGAUCUUUGCUGCUGCCAUUCCUGCCCUCCUGGCUGUCAUCCUCAUCUUCAUGGACCAGCAGAUUACCGCUGUCAUUGUCAACCGUAAGGAGAACAAACUAAAGAAAGGCAGCGGCUACCACUUGGACAUGUUUGUGGUUGCUGUCUGUAUCAUAAUCUGCUCCCUGCUGGGUCUGCCCUGGUAUGUGGCUGCCACUGUUUCAGCUCUGGCCCACGUGAUGAGUCUGAAGAAAGAGUCUGAGUGCACUGCCCCUGGAGAGAGACCAACAUUCCUCGGAGUCCGGGAGCAACGUGUUACAGGCCUAAUGGUUGGGCUACUCAGUGGCCUCUCAGUGUUGUUCACCACCGUUCUUAGAUAUAUCCCAAUGGCUGUGCUGUAUGGUGUUUUCCUCUACAUGGGUGUUGCAGCUCUGAAAGGCAUGCAGUUCAUCGACCGGAUCCUACUGUUCUUCAAACCAGCCAAGUAUCAGCCUGACUACACUUACCUUCGCCACGUUCCCAUCAAGCGGGUUCACAUCUUUACCCUGAUACAGAGUGUAUGUUUGGCUGUGCUCUGGGUCAUUAAGACGGUCAAGUCUGUCUCCAUCAUCUUCCCCAUUAUGGUCUUGGGCACCUGUUUUGUUAGGAAAGCCAUGGACUACAUUUUCACCCAGCGUGAGCUGAAGUGGCUGGAUGACCUCAUGCCGGAAGCAGCAAAGAAGGAAAAGGAUGAUGAGAAAAAGAAACUUGCUGAAAUGGAAGCAGUCAAUGAAGAAGAGGAGGAUGAAGCCCUGCUGAGUGAGCAUUAUGACAAAUUGAUGGAAAUCAAGAUUGGAGACAACAAGCCCUACAACCGCACCAACGCUCACCGACGAGGCUCCCAGGACACGGACCGUGUGAACAUCAGCGAGGAGAUGGCACGUACUGGCAUCUGGCUGCAGCUCAAGAAGGAUUCCAAGAACGUACUGGUUGACCCUGAGGAAGGGACGGUGCACAAUCGUUCCAAGAAGAAGCGACACGACAAGUCUAAUGGCCGUGAACACCGACACAGGGGAGAUAAAGAGAACAAGAAAGAGCACACGGAAAACAAUGGCGAUGCUGAGGAGAAGAAGACAACAUUUUACAUGGGAGAAGAGGAGGAGGACCACAAAGUUUGAGACAACUCCACUACUCCAUGUGAACAAGCUUUGUUGUUGUCAUAAUCAUGUGAUGGUUUUGCUGAUUUGUUUGACCUGAGUAAGCGAUGUUCUGUUAUAUUUGAUGCUUCGUACGUACUUCUGGCGCUGAGCCGAAGGGCGAGAGCCCAAAAGCUGUUUAAUCAAUAACAGCAGCAUCGCAAACGAAAGUCAUACCAGGAGCAGAAUGUUGCCAUGUGGACAUGAAUGAAUUUUAUGUAGAUUUAUAUUGCGAAGGAUAUGCAAAGGAGCUUAUGUAUUCUUCAUGAUGCUGCUUGUAUUGUUAAGAUAAAAUAGAUGAAUUAAUGUAAAUAACUUACUGUAUGAGAAAACUCUUUAUCAUAUUAUAUGAAAUACAACUUUCCUUGCCAACAUUUGUCAACUGUCAAAGUUUCUUGAGGUAGCUAAAAAUGUAAGGGUCACUUUCAAACAUGGGCGUCUCUUUUUCUUUAUUUUGCUGCUCAGUCUUUUUCAGUGAGACAGUCUGGAACUAAACAAAAGCAUAGGGUCCAUGAGGGUGAUUUAUCUUUACAUUUAUCUGUAUUCAGAAGUUUAAGCAAAGAGAAAGAAAUUGUUGUAUGACAUAUUAUAUUAUGGCCUUAUUGUAGAUAUGGAAAAAAAAUAAGGAUGAACUAUUUCAUCUUUAUAGUGUUUUCAGUCACUGUCACUUGAAAGUUGAUGAUGAUCUGAAUAGAUAGAAGGCUUGGAUGUUCCAGUUUUUUUGCACUCCACAUGGCAUUAUGAUUGAUGAAAAGAAUCUCAGUGCUUUCUCUUGUAUUUUGUUAAAGUGCAUGGAAACAUUUGAUAAUAGAGUGCUCGGUUAAAAAACCUAUUGAUUUUAUUAAGUAAAUGUGGAAUCAGGCGCUUGUCAAUUUUUGAGCUUAUGGAGUCCUUGGAAUCAUCGUAAAGCUUGUUUCAUUUAUCUUGCUUUUGAUGAAAAGAUACCCAUUAUUAUGUCUUGAUAGACAUUGAGAUGUUUAUGAUUGAAGGAGGUAGGGAUUUCCUGGUGUCAGAGGUAAAGCUAACAAGAAAAUGGCUGCCAAAGUUUUACUGACUACCAAAGCUUGAGUUACCUAACUGCAAAUUUACAUUUUAAUGCUUUUGAUUGUCAUACUUCUGUAAAAUCCACAUAGAAAAGUGUUUUUAAAUGGACAUAAAAGGUGUUGAUCCAAAAAAAAAAAAGAUAGAAAUUGCCCAUUGACAAACUGAUUUUACCAUGAUGCCACACUUAUGAAGAAUAUAAUAGCCCUUACCAUGAUAUAUCUAUUCUUUUCAACAUUAAUGAGAUUCCUUGUGUCUUCUCUGUAUGAUUGUAUUAUGAUAAUCACUUGAAGUUCAAUCUGUGUUUGGUUUCAUGAAACUAUUUAUUGAACAUUUCUUUGUUAAUACUUCUUUCAUGUCUGCCAUUAUUUGCACACAAUUUAUAAACAAGAUGAACAUGUAUCAGUAACUUUGAUAAUACUGGUGCUUUUUGAACAUGUAUUCAGGGGUGCUUGAAUGUGAAAGAAAUUAAUAAGUCUCAUUUCCGAGACCUCUGAGGAUUUGGACAAUGUGCAGGCAAAUGGUGUACUAUUGUAGUUGUCUCAUUAUCAUAGCUUUAAUUUUCUGGAAAGGCCCCUAUUUAUUGCUGUUCUUCUCUGGAGUCUGGACAAGUUUUUUAUCAAUUGUUAUAGUUUCUCAUCUGCAUACAAACUGCUGAUUCUCAAUUAAAUAUAAUGACAUUCUGGAUUGUUAAUUCGAGCAAAACUGCUCGUUGGGGUCAUAUUUGCUGCAAUAUGUUAAGCAACGUAUCUGUUAAGGUAUUUGAAGUAAAGAGAAAAAGUCUUUUUUUUUCUCUUUUGAAACACAUUUCCUAAAAUAAUGAUUUUCUAAUAUUCAAAUGACAAUACAUGUCAUGAUUCUUAACUAUUUUGAUUUUUGCAUUGUAGUAUAUUGUUUUAUGUAAGGAGGUCCAUUUUUUAAUGUUUCAUUUCUUCUUGGCAUUUUUUCCCAUUUACUUUAGCCCACAUCUGAAAGUCUUUUAGUCUUAUCAUAAAUAAGCAGUGAACUUUCAAUGAGACAGAUUUUUCUUAAUAGCUUCUACUUGUUUUUAAGUUUAUAUUUAUCACAUAUAUGGACCAAUACUUAAAAAUCUUUAAUUUUUUGUUUGCUCUCGUUAUUGAUACAAGCGUAAUCUAUGUAAUAUUCUUACUUUAAUUUAAAAAGGAAGUGAUCAUAAUUAAUAAAUAGACAUGUAAUAAAUAGAAGUUCCCUUUAAGAAAUGCAAUAGUUUUAAGAACAUAAAAACGUGUGUAUCUGUAAGAAAAAUCAGUCUGAGACAGUCUUUUCAUGACUUAUAUGCAUUAGUUUUCAUAUUGAUUCAUACACAAGAAGUGAGCAGGUUAUUCACUUAAUAUGAAAUAUGCCAAACCUAAGAGGGAAUAUCUAAAUUUUCUCUGUUCAGAGCUUCGAGGAGUGCAGUGUGAUGUUUUUUCAGAUAACAUUUCACCAUCUCCUAUUGUAUUAUUUUGCUCUAUUUGAUGUGAAUACUGCAUAUAUUUUUAUGUACAUUAUACGCUCUUCCAUCAAGAUGUUUAUGAUAUUAUAUAUCACAGUACUCAAGAACAUGUGCUGAUCUUUUCUGUGCGCUAACUUAAUAAUUCAUUAGCAUUGCUAAGUUAUUUUACUCUUGAAUAUUCUCAUUGCAAUUGCUUGCUGUUCUAUCUAUUCGUAUCCAUGGUGUGAUUAAUAGAAAUAUAGAAAAUGCUAUUUGCCUUUUCUUUGUCAAAUACAAAUUGGCUAUUGUGCCCAGUUUUGCAGUUAUAGAGUCUGCGAGCUCAGACUGAUCAGUGAAAAUAAAGAUGUUAUCAAAAACUUUUGAUUUUAUUUUGAUAUAAUGUUUUCAUUUUUUGAGGAAUAGUUUAGAUUUCAUGCUAAGUUUUUGCCACUUGUCAGGUGCGAUCUUUGUACUUUUACAAAGAGGUUAGGUAGUCUAUGGGCUCUCAAGAAUAUUUUUUUAAACAAAUGUAACAAAUAUAUUAAUAUACUGCGCAAUACCUGGUAAGAUAUUUCAUGUAUGGCUAAUUGAAAUAAAAACAUGAGUAAACAUUCCAGCAAGAUGUGAAUGUUUGUGUUUCAAAUGAUCACCUAUUUCACUCAUGCACGGAACAGAAUUGGACAGUCCCAAGAUUUUGGUGGCCAGAACUUACUUAAAAAGAAAUAGUUGUUGUUCGUUUGUACGAUUACCUGCCAAAUAUUAGUUCUGCCAAUGAUGUCUGUGAAGUGUCAUUGUUACCAUUGUGUUUUCAAACAGAAAGUUCAGAGGCGCUGAUUUCAUCCUCGCUACAUUUUCGUAGAAAUUGGAAAUAUUGCAUUUUGCUCCGUUGUCUUUGUUGAUAAUAACUGUAUUAUAGAAGCAUUUAAUUCCUGAAAUUAUUUAUACCAAUAAAUAAACUGAUGCCUCUUUUAUCCAUCUAAUGCCUAUAUGUGAUUCUCGUCUAGCAAGUGAUCUUACCUUUCUGCGAGAAUGUGGACGAAAUAUUUUCACUAGUCAGUGUUUCAAGUUCUGUCAGAUAUGGGUAUUAUUUCAUUGAUAAUUAUAAGAAAAUCUUUUUCAAAACAGGCCGCAAAUUUUUAUAAAGGUUAAAGGAAAGCUUGUUUAAUUGUGUUUUUAAAAUUUUAUUCAUUGUAAAUCAUCACAGAGGCAGUGCGUAAUUCAGUUCUGAUUAUUUAGAAUUGUGGAUUGAAAGACAACAUGAUGUGACAUAAUGUACAUGCCUAGAAAACCAUAUUUGUUUCAGAAGCAUGUUAAAAAAAUUUCAUCAACAUAUUUCGCUCUCUACUACAUCCCAUAUUUAUAGAUUUUUAAGAAACCUUAUUUUGACCAUGCACUGGAGGAAGUUCUGGGCUGUUUUCCUUAGCCUUACACUCUUGUGCUGAAGUUGAAAGUUUUUAAGUCAUUGUCUUGAAUUUGACAGAUGAUUAAAAGCAUCAGUGCAUUGUUUUUGUCUGUGCUUUUUGGAUUUGUAAAUCAAUUUGAUAAAAUUUGAUUGUGAUUGAACAUCACAAUAUAAGCGUUAAAAAAAUUAUUCUAAGUGCAAACAGUGCAUGGAUGUGUAGGAAAGAAUAAAGAGAAGUUGGGAAUAAUAAAAGUACUCAGCAGACUCCAUAUUUCACACCUCCCUUCACAUAGAAUGCAGUUAGCACCUCAAUGUGUCACACAAAGAGGGUGAGGCCUGGAAGCAAAUAAAUGCAUAUUGUUGUUGAAGAUGGAGCAUCAAGAAGUUUGUCUUCAUGAAAGGAGUUCGAUGCCAUAAUUGUACUUUUGGAAGAGUGUCUGACAAAUUCAGUUUUGUGAUGUACAUACUUUUACAUGAUUCUACAUGAUUAACAUAUACAUGGUUACAAUAAACUAAACUUAAAAUCCUA